AUGAGUGACAGGCUUCUGAUGAACUUGGACAAACUUCUGCUCGAGCUUGUUUUCCAGGUAGAACAAACUUCUUACGCUAAGGAACAUGUGAAUCAACAGAUAAACUUGUAUACUGCAAAAAUCACAGAAAAAAAGAAUGAGAUUGCUAGGUUGGAGGAAAAUAUAAACAGCAGCAAAGAUGUAAUUGCUGAUUUACACAAGCAAAAUGAGAGCAGUAAGAAGAACUGUGAUGCCUGGAAGCCCACCUAUGCACUCCUUAGCAAGCAUGGAGAAUAUCUGAAAAGUGAACUUGAAGCUUUAGAGGAAGCUACAGAAAAUGAGAGGAAAAUGUAUCAGGAUUACAUAACCCAAUAUAAAGAAGUUUUGAAGGAAUAUAGAGAAAAAUAUACAGGAACUGCUCUUGCCCAGGAGUAUUAUAAAAAGAAGAAGGAAGUUGAAGAGAUACAAAACAGAGUUUUGAAACGCUGUGAAAAAUAUAAGUGGAAAGAAGAUGCUUCCUCAGAUAUUCUGGAGGCUAUUCCUUUUAAAUCCAUAAAUGACUGGGCUGUACACAUUGCCUCUUUGAAGCAAAAAACACAGGAGAUGUUACAGCUUGCUGCAGUUACUGCACAGGAAUCCACUGAGCUGCAAAAAGAAGCAGAAGAAUUAGAAAGGAAAAUUAAUUAUUUCAAAAAGAGAUUUGAAGAGACUACAGAAGAACAAAAUGAUACUGAAAUGAUGGAAGGAAAAAAUCAGAAAAGUCUGGAGAAGCCAGAGGAGUUUAAAGAAAGGAUGUUUGAAGAGCAGGAACACUCCCCUUUGCCAAGUGAGAAACAUCAGCUGUACAAACCUUUGCACGUCCCAUGCGUUCCUCGCAAGUUAGUCCAGUCUGUACAAAGUAUCAGAUUCUCAAAGCAACGAUCAGAGACAGGGAGAGAAGAAAAGGAAAAACCUAUGGAACUUUCAGUGGCCACCAGCAGCUCCUCCAGCCUUGCAGAAAAUUCAUCACAGAUGGUUAUUGACACUGCAGGGACUAAUAACCCACAGAUUGCCCAAGUUCCAUCAACAGCAAGUGUACAGAACCAGAUGAAAUUCAGACUGGCAAAUCCUCCGAAGCAGUCGAUUUCCAAUGAACAGUUUGAGAGUGAAAAUGCAGUAAUAGCAAACCAAGAGGCCAAAUGUGGGGAUAAAGAAGCAGAUGAUGAGCCAAAGGAUCCUUCACAUAUGCCUCAAGACAUGCACACAGGUUUUAAGGCAAAUGAAGAUAAUUCUGACACAGCAGACGAAAGUGCAGAACCUUUUCUAAGAGCACCUAAAACACCUGAGUUUGUAGGAAUGCCUGACUCACAGGGGAAGAAAACCCAGUUCUCCAAAAUACCUCCAUUUGACUUCAUUCAAAAUUUAGGUUGUGAUGAAGGAACAUCAAAAUCUCCUGCUUUCUUUUCUCUCAUUAACUUCUCCCAGAAGUCUCCAGGCUUUAAUUUAUUCGAUUCUUCUGUGUUUGGGGCAGAAAAUUCGUCUGAUGAGACAGAGGAAAAUUAUUCUGUGGGAAACAUGAACCCUCUGUCCCCACACAAAGACAUUGGAAGCUUGUUUGGGAAGCCAGAAAGUGAGGAUGCAUUUGCCUUUCCCUUCCCCUCGGAAUCAACUUCUCAUGCAUUUGGAGAUGGAAAAGAUGACUUUAGUUUUCCAUUUGCAUUUGGACAGGAUCAGAGAUCAUCACAGUCUCCUUCUAUGAAAGGUUUUCAUUCUUCCUUACAGAAUACAAAGCCAUUUACACUCUUUUGA